CUUUCAACAUCAAUUCUAACAAGAAUGGUUUUCGAACCAAAUUUCCGAACUCUUACAGCAAGGCUAGAUAGGGGCUUAACUCUGGCCACAUGCCUGACCUACAGAGGUCAACACAAUGUAUCCGAGAUCUUAAGCACACUUGGUGAUAUACGAGCGGGGACUGAUAACCUUGUGGAUUGGUGUCCGACUGCCUUUAAGGUGGCUUACACUUCACAGCCUCCUGUGGUGAUACCAGGGAUGGGACCGAAUAAAAUUACCAGAUCACUGUCGAUGAUCACCAACAGUACCUGCAUCGCUGGAGUCUUUGAAAGGCUCGAACGAUGGUUUAUGAAAUUGUUCACCAGACGAGCAUUCGUUCACUGCAUCAAUCAAUAUCAUCGUAUUUUAUCGAUUUUAGCAGCUUUGGAAUCAUGCUUCAAGCACUCACUUCCAGCAGUUACAGUAGUUGUAGAUGUAUACAUAAACGGACUUCCGAUUCGAUUAUUUCAUGUUAUAUAUGCAAUAAUCUACGGUGUAAUUUAUUCUACUUUCUCCUAUUUCUACUUCGACGUCGUCAAUAUCCAACCAAUCUACCCGAUGCUUGACUGGAGUGAACCAGGAAAGGCUGUUUUUAUCAGCUUCGUUGUCAUUCUCUGCGGUCCUGUUGUUCAGUUCCUUCUCUACCUUCUCUAUGUUGGUCGCAUCACUCUGAGUGCACACCUCAAUGGACGAGGUAAAGUCGUUGUGGAUAGUUGGUGGAAUGCGGGUUCUCAAGCCACUCCUGACAAUGAAGCUGUAGAAUGUGCAUAA